UCAAACCGAGUCGAAGCGUCCAGCACGGCACAUGGUCAUGGCGAGUCCCUCGCUCGGACUGCCGUCCGAGCGUGAGGAGCGAGUCCCAACCGAGCAGAUCUUGGGCGAAGCCGCAGACCCUGAAGCAGCUGAAGCAGCGGAAGCAGCCGAGGCCGGAGCUGAGGCCGCCGAGGCCAUCGCCGCGGUCGGCCCCGAAGAGGCGUCGGAGCUCCCGGCGCUCCAUACCUUGGAGUUUCCCGAUCGCCGGGAUGAGCGCCAGCGCUUGGGCUUGAUUCGAUUCCACUUGGAGGAUGGAGUGCCCGAAGUGGGAGGCUUGGGCUGGCGGUCGCGAGGCGGACAUUUGUUAAAGAAUCAGACCUUCUUUGCUAGCAAGCCGGGGGAGAAUCUGUGGAACAAUCCCACCCACGCAGGGCCUCGUACUUGGCGCACCUAUCAUGGUCCCAAAUUGCGGACGGAGGCGGAUUUGAUGGAGAGGAUGGAUCGGAUUGAAGCACAUCAUGCGAAUUGGGAAGCCAAGAAGGCAUUUGUGAACACCGUGCGGGUUCAGACCUUAGAUCGCUUUUACAGCAAGAAGGUGGAGAAUGAGCAGAAAGAAAUGGCCGCGACCUGGGCCCCUCAUCGCAGGAAUCGAGCUGAGUAUCACAAGUAUCAUGAAACCUUGGCAUCCAACUUGGACAAUAUGCCCAUGAAGGAGCUGAAGAAGGUUCUGACUCCAACCGUACUUCACGGUGACCGUGAAGCGAUCCGUGCGAUCACCAAGCGCAUUCAAGUGGAGGAAACCUGGAAGCUGGCCUGGAAAGACAUGGAGAUGGCACGUAGAGCAGAGACCCAGGCGGAUUUGGAGCAUCGGAUGACUUACAACGCCAUGCUCAUGGAGCUAGCAGGUCAGAAACGCAUCCACAAGCCACAAAAUACCCCAGUGAGAUGUUCACCAAGAGUGAAGCAUUUGGCGCUCCCUGCCCAGCCUAGGACUCCAGAUGAUAUCACCAAGCGUUCAGAUUAUGCCGGCUUGGUCCAUGUGGACAACCGCCAUGCCAUGGAAGCGAGAUUUCCAGGGUCUGGACAUGCGCUCACCACCACCUUCACCGCCGAUGCCACCGCCCGGAGCAAGCCGGCCUUCCCACCACCCGAGCCUCCUCCGACCCCCUCCUUCGCACGCGGUGCCGGUGCCAGCCCCAAGGAGCCGAGGGCGACUCACUCGGCGCGGAAGCCGGUGGUGCGGAAGGGCAGCAUGCCAGUGAACCAACAGCGACUGCAAACCGUGAACCGACGACAGGACCCUUCCGUCUUAGCGGAGCACUCGCAACAGCAGUUUCUGCCCACGUCGGCACCGCCGCCGCCGGAUCAGGGACAGCUGCUGCUGAAGGAAACCAACGCCGCGGAUCAGCUCCACAUGAGCGUGGAGUUUCCACCGCGCUCGGACCACACCCAGAGCGGUUCCGUCCACUCCAAGGACUCGGGCAAGUUGGAUGUGGCUCCUCCGGCUCGGCCCAUGUCCUAUCCGGUGAGCGUCCGCAAUGUGGAAGAUGGCAUGGAGAUGUUGGAUUGGAGGCCUAAGCGUUGCCAUGGUGCUUUGGCAACUGCCACUCCGAAAGAGAGGGUGUUGCAAAGCGUUCGCACCGAGCGCUGGCCUCCCGUGGGAAGUCAGACUGUGGACAUCACCAUUCUAUCCGCGGCAGGACUACCGAAAGCCGAUCGAACCGGGCACUCAGAUCCCUAUGUGGUUGUAGAGGUUCCUGGAAAAUCCAGGUCCAAAGCCAAAACAACUGUUGCUCAUUACACCGAGAAUCCUGUUUGGAACCAGCCGCUGGUUGUGCGUGGAUGGCGACGUGGUGAGCCACUGGCCAUCUCUGCCCGGACGUCGAGAGCUGUGAGAGACCGGUCGUCCGCGGUCCACGUGGACCCCGAAGCGGUCGGACGACGUGGAGAGCGGGAGCAUGCUGGAGCUGGAGCGGUGGUGGAUGCCGACGUCAUGGGCGCAGAUGAUCAGCUGGCCUUUGUUCAGGUGCCGAGUGCCGACCUCUUCCCACACGGCUUCGAGGGAAGGCUGGAGAUGCAGAACACCUGGGUCUUGGACAAGGGCAUGAACGAGGAGUACAAGCAGUACAAUCUCACCUGCAGGCCCAGCAUUGAUGUGAAGAUUUCUUUGCGAGAUGACAUCUACACCGGAACUGGGCCAGCGCUGAGCUACCUGCAAGCGGAACAGGCGGUCAGCAUGCCAGAUGCACAACCUACCACCGGCGCAGUGUGUGCACACCUGGACAAUUUCGAAGCAAAGCUCAAGCCCGUGCUGCGACUUGGAAAUUUCUGGAUGAGCACGCCCUUGCAUGACCGUGCCUAGCGUUCUUGGUGCUGUCCAGAAAGACCGUCGAUGUGGCAACACUUGGAGCAGUUGCCAAUGCUGUGAAAUGCAUUUAAAUGUACCCUGUACAUCCUGUACAUCCUGUACUCCUUGAUAGUUUCUUUGAUCCGACACACGGUGAUCACUGCACAUGGUUGCACUAAAUGAUCACUCUAUAUACGCAUGUUUAUUUCUUCCGGUCUUUCUUGGUUUAGAUUGCCACCUGCAUGGCGCAGUGUCGUUGUUGAAGAUCAACAACAGCUCCGAAAGCCAAAGACAGUGAAGAGUCUCUG